CGAUAUACAUAGCCAAUUAUGUCUAUCCUACUUGUGAACGCAUCUGGAUUUAAACUUGUUGCAGCUUGUUAAAGAAGUGUUUGAAGUUUCAGCAGUGGCGCGACGCCACUGAUCUCUAUAUAAUGUAGAUUUCAUCUCCACCGUGUAGAGCGUCUCGUCGUGCGUGGGUCCUAUCCACACUCUUCAAAGGUCAGCGUUAGGGAUAUUCACAGACAGACCAGUGGCUCAGCAAGACGGGAUCAUGGCCUCCUCAGCACUGAAUUGCACACAUUUUAUGUUGUGUUUUAUUUAUUGUUCGUUACUUUUUGGUAAUAUAUUUUGCGAUGCUGAUGCUGAAGAAGAUGAACAUGCCAAACAUACGUAUACAGUGGAUAUGUUCAACGAUGCUGUCCCAACCGCUCCCCACUUUGUCAUGUUCUUCGCCCCUUGGUGUGGUCACUGUCAGAGGCUACAGGGGACAUGGAACGAAAUGGGGGACAAAUACAACAACAUGGAGUCGCCGCCCGCCUACAUCGUAAAGGUUGACUGCACUCAGGAUGUUAAGUUCUGCUCCAAUGUCCACGGCAUCAGGGGCUACCCCACGCUGAAGCUGUUCAAACCUGAGCAGGAGGCUGUGAAGUACCAAGGCUCCAGGGACCUGCAGUCUCUGGAGACCUGGAUGCUCAACACAUUGCAGGACGAGCCUGUGGAGCCAGAGACUGAACUGGAGCCUCCCAAAGCCCCAGAGCCCAAGCAGGGCCUGUUUGAUCUCACUGCCGGCAACUUCAAGGCCCACAUCGCUAAAGGGUCCCACUUUGUCAAGUUCUUUGCUCCCUGGUGCGGUCACUGCAAGGCCAUGGCCCCGACCUGGGAGCAGCUGGCCACCAGCUUCGAGUACUCAGACAACAUCAAGAUCAGCAAGGUGGACUGUACCCAGCACUAUGACGUGUGCUCUGAGAACGCUGUGCGUGGCUACCCCACACUGCUCUUCUUCAAGGAUGGAGAGAAGGCAGACCAGUACAAAGGCAAGCGGGACCUGGACUCUCUGAAGGACUUUGUGGACAACCAGGUCAAGGCUGCUGCUGCUGUUAAGGAGGAUGAUGAACACCCACAUGCCAACGAGAUCCCAGUACCCAGCGACGAGCCCGCCAAAGAGGAGUCUGGCGUAGUUACACUCACAGAGGCCAACUUUGAGGAGACUGUGGCCAAGGGGCUGGUAUUCAUCAAGUUCUAUGCGCCAUGGUGUGGCCACUGUAAGAGUCUGGCACCUACCUGGGAGGACCUGUCUCAGAAGGAGUUCCCUGGCCUGACUGAUGUCAAGAUUGGCAAAGUGGACUGCACAGUGGAGAGGACAAUCUGCAACAAGUUUUCAGUGAGUGGGUACCCCACCCUGCUGAUGUUCAGAGCGGGUGUGCAAGGUGAGGAGCAUCAUGGAGGGCGUGACUUGGAGAGCCUGCACAGCUUUGUGAUGAAGCAGGCCCGAGACGAGCUGUAGCACUAUCCAAUCAACAUCCGUCGAUACUUCUUUCCUCCCUCACACAGCGUAUCUGGCCAAUGAGAGGAAUCCUCUCUCUCAUAGAGGCUAGCUCUCUUCUCUCUCUCUGAUUGUUUUCCUUUCAGAAAGCAGUAGAAUCAAGACACUUAAAAAAUGUAAUAAAUAAAAACACUCUGUAAUGCCUUGUUUACCCCCCCCCCCCCCCCCUUUUUGUUUCUGUUCUAAUCCAAUAGUUUGUGUGACUAUUCGUUUGGGCUGCCUAGUUCCUCUGUUCUUCUGGAAAUGAAAUGAUGUGAUCGACAACCACUUUUUUGCCAGCGGUACAUAAUCAAUCAGACCUUGACAAUGCAUACCGUUAUAGUCAUCCCAACGCUUGACACAACUCAAGGACGGUCGUCGUAUAUUGGUGCCUGCCGGUUGUAUCAAAAACCUUUGGAUUAACCUGACGGAGUUGGUCUGAAAUUUUAAAAAUGUUAUUUUUUAAAAUCUUUUUUUAAGGAAAUCAUGCUGAUAAAUCACGAGCCACUUAUGUAAUGGUACUGCAGCAAAGAGGUCAGAGCCGCGUGACGUUAAGCGUUAAGUUGACGUUACUUCUCAUCCCAUGCCAGUAACGGCCUAACUAACUUAACUCUCAGGGACACCCAGUUCCCGACCUACUCCAUACUAUCUCUUUAUCAACUAUAUUUGUAUCCCACUUGUGUUUUUGUAGUCGUCGUCGUCGUCGUCGUCCCCCCAACUGCUUGUUGGCUAUGUCGGGGAAGGCGGCGGGAAACUACUUUUCAGUGUUUCGUGUCAAACGGCCCUUUUUGUGUGUUCCUCUGACAUCGUAAAUGUGCUACAAAAAGUCUGAAUGUAGAGACCUAUUUAAAUAUAUAUGUUUGUGCUGUGAGGCUUCAGUUUGGGCCCAAUAUCAGGUGCCGUGUUGGUGUUACCACCGUUUUUAUGAACAAUGAUUGUGGUCGUCAGUUCGUAUACUCAAGUCAGGCCUUUUUGAAUGGAUGGACUCUACCAGUUUGGGUCAUUACAGGACAACUGUAUUUGUCAUUAACUCCAUGUUUGACAAAGUCCCUCAAAUGGUUUGCAAGGGAUUGUGUCAAAUGUACAAAAAAUAUAUAUAUAUUUAAAAAUGGUUUUCUACAGCUAGUUCAUUAGAAUGGAGCGUCUAUCAGGCCCCAGUGUGAAACAUUUUCCCAGUGAAGCACAAGAAUGCCACAACAUUUAGUGCUAUGGUCACUUUUGCUUUGGGUUUAUUGACCUUUGGAAAAAAAUCUGGAAUGUUUGGUUUACCUCGUAUGCUUGGAAGAGCAAAAACAGAAUGCCAAAAAAUAUAUUUUCCACCCACAUAAUGAUCAAUUAUAUUUGACUUGUUUAGUCAGUAAGAUAUGAUGACAAUGUUGAUUUUUCCUUCUUUCCAGAUGUAGUCUAAGUCUUUGAAUAUGCGUGUGUGCGCUAUUCUGGGGCUUUUUUGGGGGGGUGAAUCAAAAGAUUGUAUGUUCAUGGAGUUGCUGUAUGAGGCAGGUUUUACAUUCAAUGCUCAAUUAAGGGAAACAAAUGCAUUCAGAGGCUAACCACGUAUUGUUAGUACAAUCUUUAUGGAUAGCACAUGGUCUAGGCAGACUCCAGUGAAGGAAAGCGGUGUGGUUUUUUUUCUUCUCGUGAGUGGGUUGUACACUGCCUAUGAAUUUUGUAAACAAAAAGCAAGUUGUAACAUGAGAUUUUGUAAUAAAAUGUCUUUUUCCAAAAAUA